CGUCAGAGCUGAACGCUGAGAGAGGUUUUGACAUAGAAGAGCCAGGAAGCGAAGAGAGAGCAGCGGAGGAGAGUCUCCACAAACUCCGAGUGGCAGUCGACUGUGAACUUGUCCUAACCUCGCCGCAAAGUUGAUGCACUCUCCGUCACACAAACUGGCUUGACGACAUCAUCCUCCCUCGCGUAGCUCCUCCCUCCUCCUGCCACUGCUCUUUUUCCUCACGCUUUCAUCCCAGUGUCUCUGCUGUCCCGCUCAGCAGAGCCCACUCCUCCCUCCCCACUGGCGGCCUCCUGUUGGUGGCCCCCUGCGACGGCGUGUUGGUGUAGGAUGGCGUGGUGGGACGCUGAGGGCUGCCGCGGGGGACUGUGAUGUCAGAGCCCAGCAGCCCGGGCGAGAGCCGGCGUGGCGCUCCCAGAUUCUUCGUGGGCUGCGAGGACGAUGAGAGCGAGGUCCUGGAAGACAGCAUGAGGACAGACAUGGAGCUGUACGAGGACGACGAGGACACCGACUCGCCCCCGGAGCGACAGAUCGUGGUGGGGAUCUGCUGCAUGAUGAAGAAGUCCAAGUCCAAGCCGAUGACCCAGAUCCUGGAGAGGCUGUGCAGGUUCGAGUACAUCACCGUGGUCAUCUUCCCUGAGGACGCCAUCCUCAACGAGUCUGUGGACAAAUGGCCUCUGUGUGACUGCCUCAUCUCCUUCCACUCCAAAGGAUUUCCUCUGGAUAAAGCUGUGAGCUACGCCAAACUGAGAAACCCUCUGCUCAUCAACGACCUGAACAUGCAGUACUACAUACAGGACAGGAGGGAGGUGUAUCGUAUCCUGCAGGAGGAGGGGAUUGAUCUACCACGCUACGCUGUGCUGAACAGAGACCCAGACAAACCUGACGAGUGUAACCUGGUGGAGGGAGAGGACCACGUGGAGGUGAAUGGAGAGAUUUUCCAGAAGCCGUUUGUGGAGAAGCCAGUGUGCGCUGAGGAUCACAACGUCUACAUCUAUUACCCGACGUCUGCAGGAGGGGGCAGCCAGAGACUUUUCAGGAAGAUUGGGAGUCGCAGCAGCGUGUACUCACCAGAGAGCAGCGUGAGGAAGACGGGCUCCUACAUCUAUGAAGAGUUCAUGCCCACUGACGGCACAGACGUAAAGGUGUACACUGUAGGGCCGGACUACGCUCAUGCUGAGGCUCGGAAGUCUCCUGCUCUGGACGGGAAGGUGGAGAGAGACAGCGAGGGGAAGGAGGUCCGAUACCCCGUCAUGCUGUCAGCCAUGGAGAAACUGGUGGCUCGAAAAGUCUGCCUCGCCUUCAAGCAAACAGUUUGUGGCUUCGAUCUCCUGAGAGCUAACGGACACUCUUUUGUCUGUGACGUCAACGGCUUCAGUUUUGUUAAAAACUCCAUGAAGUACUACGACGACUGUGCAAAGAUCCUCGGGAACAUUGUGAUGCGUGAGCUGGCCCCUCAGUUUCAGAUCCCGUGGUCCAUCCCCACAGAGGCCGAGGACAUCCCCAUCGUCCCAACCACCUCAGGAACCAUGAUGGAGCUCCGCUGCGUCAUCGCUGUCAUCAGACACGGUGACCGAACGCCCAAACAGAAGAUGAAAAUGGAAGUCCGAAACCCCAUGUUCUUUGAUCUGUUUGAAAAAUAUGGAGGAUACAAGACAGGCAAAUUAAAGCUGAAGAAGCCCAAACAGCUGCAGGAGGUGCUGGACAUCACGCGGCAGCUGCUGGUGGAGCUGGGUCAACACAACGACUGUGAGAUCGAGGAGAAGAAGUCCAAACUGGAGCAGCUGAAGACGGUUCUGGAAAUGUACGGUCACUUCUCUGGAAUCAACCGUAAAGUUCAGCUGACCUACCUGCCCCAUGGACAGCCCAAAACCUCCUCAGAGGAAGAAGACACGCGUAAAGAGGGCCCGUCUCUGCUGCUGGUGCUGAAGUGGGGGGGUGAGCUGACUCCCGCAGGCAGAGUGCAGGCCGAGGAGCUGGGCCGAGCUUUCCGCUGCAUGUACCCUGGAGGACAAGGAGACUAUGCUGGGUUUCCAGGCUGUGGGUUGUUGAGGCUUCACAGCACUUACAGACACGACCUGAAGAUUUAUGCGUCUGAUGAAGGACGGGUUCAGAUGACCGCUGCAGCCUUUGCAAAGGGCCUGCUGGCUCUGGAGGGCGAGCUGACGCCCAUCCUGGUUCAGAUGGUGAAGAGCGCCAACAUGAACGGUCUUCUGGAUAACGACAGUGACUCUCUGAGCAGCUGUCAGCACAGAGUGAAGGCCCGCCUCCACGACAUUCUGCAGAAGGACCGAGACUUCAUCGAGGAGGACUACGACAGGCUGGCUCCAAACUGCAGUGCCUCUCUUGUGAACUCCAUGAGGAUCGUGCAGAACCCCGUGUCCACCUGUGAUCAGGUGUACGCCCUCAUUCAGAGCCUCACGUCACAGAUCCGCACCAGGAUGGAGGACCCGAAGUCAGCAGAUCUGCAGCUGUACCACAGUGAGACUCUGGAGCUGAUGCUGCAGCGCUGGUCCAAACUGGAGAGGGAUUUCCGGAUGAAGAACGGACGCUACGACAUCAGUAAGAUCCCCGACAUCUAUGACUGCGUGAAGUAUGACGUCAUCCACAACUCCACGCUGGGCCUGGAGGACACACUAGAGCUUUUCAGACUGUCCCGCGCUUUAGCUGACAUCGUCAUCCCUCAGGAGUACGGUAUAAACAAAGUGGAGAAGUUGGACAUAGCGUACGCGUACUGCCUCCCUCUGGUCAGAAAGAUGCAGCUUGAUCUGCAGAGGACGCAUGAGGACGAGUCGGUCAACAAGCUGCACCCUCUGUACUCCCGAGGAGUCAUGUCACCAGGUCGCCACGUCAGGACUCGUUUAUAUUUCACCAGCGAGAGUCACGUCCACUCUCUGCUCAGCAUCUUCCGCUACGGAGGCCUGCUGGACGAGGAGAAGGACCAGCAGUGGAAGCGGGCCAUGGACUACCUCAGUGCUGUCUCAGAACUCAACUACAUGACUCAGAUUGUCAUCAUGUUGUACGAGGAUAACAAUAAGGAGCCGUCCUCAGAGGAACGUUUCCACGUGGAGCUUCACUUCAGUCCUGGUGUUAAAGGUGUGGAGGAGGAGGAGAACGCCCCCACAGGUUUCGGCUUCAGGCCAGCCUCAGCGGAGAUGGCUCGACAGAACGGACAGAAACAGACCGACCCUGGCAGCCUGGAAGACCUAUCACGAGACGAGACGGACCAUGCCGUGCCACUGUCUGAGCCAAUCACCAUCCAGAGAAGGUCCCCGCUCAUACGCAACCACAAGACAGGAUCCAUGGAGGUUCUGUCAGAGACCUCCUCCUCUAAGGUGGGCAGCUAUCGUCUCUUCUCGCUCUGCUCGCGUCAGUCUCCGGAGAUGAAACAAAGUGGAUUAGGCUCUCAGUGUGCCGGCCUCUUCAGCACCACUGUCCUAGGUGGGUCCUCUAGCGCCCCUAACCUGCAGGACUACGCACGUGCACAUCGCAAAAAAUUCUCCGCCGGCAGUCUGUCCUACAAAGACGAGUUGUUGUCUAUGCCGGCAGUAAAACGAUUUUCUGUGUCGUUUGCAAAGUAUCCGACUAAUGGCUUUGAUGGCUGCUCUAUGGUGCCGUCCAUCUAUCCUCUGGAGACUCUGCACAACUCACUGUCGCUCAAACAGGUCAACGAGUUCCUGGCCGGCGUGUGUGAGAGUGCCGGGGAACCCCACACCAGGACCAGCAGAGCUCUGUCGGCCAUGUUUGACUCACACAACCAGCCGUCAGUGGACUCUUACAUCCCUCAGAGAGUCCUCUCCUCCUCCUCCAGAUCUCGCUCCGACAGGCCGCCGUGGUACAGCAGCGGCCCCUCCUCCACCGUCUCCAGCGCCGGACCCUCCUCCCCGACCACCGCUGAUACCUCUCCCCGCUUCAGCUUCAGUGACCGGAUCUGUCUCACCCCGCAGAGCAGUGAGGAGACUCACCCACCUCACCCCUCUGCAGCAGGGUCACACAACGUGGAUACCACAGGCCCUGCCCCCUCACAGCCCGCUGAGCUCCCUCUGACUCCAAACAACUCCCCCGAGGAGGAGUCUGACCCCACCUCCCCCCUCCUUGAGAAUCCAGCCUCCGCAGAGGAGGACCCUGCAGCUCUAGAGUCCAUCUGCGACCCCACCCUCAGACCAGCGUGCUCCGCCUUAGCAGAGCUGGCUCUGAGCAGGAUGGAGGGCUUUUGCCCCCCUGGCUCGCUGCCCGUCCUCCUUGAGCUCAGAGAGAGCAGCAGCGAGGCCGGCUCCAGUUCCCAGACCCCCCAGAGCCCUGAGGGGCCUGAUCAGUUCUUUGACACCCAGGAGUCCAUGGAGCUGUGGACGGACGGGCUGGAGAGCCCCGCCCACUCUGAGACGCCACCAGAGGGCAGUGCCAAGCACACAGCAGAGCCUUAAGACGAUCAGAUCUG